AUGUCUGAAGAAACCGGCCUGCCUGUGCUGGAUGGCGAGCGGUUCUCCACUAUCACGCCGGAUGACCAUGGCGGCAUCAUCUAUAUCACCGUCUUCCUCGCCCUCACAUACUCGAUUCUGACGCUCGGCGCGAGGGUUGGCAUCAAAUGGAACAUGCUAGGCGACGACGAUUGGGCAAUGGGAGCGGCUCAAGUGGUCGCAUUAGGACAGUAUAUCUCGGUGCUUGUUGCACUAUCCCACGGACUUGGAAAAUCAACUUCCAUCGUCAGCAGUGAAGAGUAUGCGGUAGUCUCGAAGGCUACCUACACCAGCCAGAUUCUCAUAAUCGCUGCAUUAGCGCUAGCAAAGUGCUCAGUCAUUCUGCUGAUUCGACGAGUCUUCACACGGGACAUGAAACACUUCUGGAUGAUUUGCACCAUCCUGUUGGGAUUAAUUGGUGUCUGGGCGCUGGCGUCUAUCAUUACCGUCUCGGCCGGCUGCUCUCUCACAAACCUUGUCCCGCUCACGGACGAUUCGCAGUGCCCUGGCUACGCUGCUCGGUGGAAAGCUGUUGUAGCGCUGGAUGUUGCCACGGAACUUCUUUUCGUGAUUUUGCCGGUUUACCUUGUCUGGGGUCUUCAGAUGUCCCGCAACCUCAAGCUCCGUGUCGUACUCGCAUUCGCGUUCAGAAUACCUGUGGCCGCCUUCGCCCUGGCGUUCCUCAACGCUGUUAACACGUACCGUAACCAUGAGAACACCGGUGUCGCUUACUCUGCUGUAAUCAUAUGGCAUCAAGUAGAGCUCGGCUAUUCGCUCAUUGCGGCCACCAUUCCGUGCCUGAAAUCUUUCAUCAAGAGCUUCGACACCGGCUUCGGAUUGGAAGUCGGCUACAACACGCAUCCCUACGGGUCGGCAAACUCACGUGGAUACGGAAACGGAACGAAGGGCGGCCAGUCCUUUCAGAUGAGCUCGCUGAAGGGAAGCGAGUCUACCAAGGACAGCUCUCCGCAAACCCUGGGCCAACUCCGCCCUGAGCAAAUUAAGAACACGACCAACAUCUACCACGAGAAUGACCCGCCAAGGGAAGACGCGAGCAUCACCAGCGGCAACUCGCAGGAGAUGAUCAUCCGACGAGACGUGCAGUGGGAUGUACGCCAUGACUACGUGCCACACGCCAAGUGA